UCAGUGAGCCGACAGUUCUCCCUCGUUCGUCCGGUCAACAACGUCGGGCUGCAAAGAGGGGGAAAAGGGACAGCCAUCCGCAACGUAUGUGGCACUGUUGCUCUGGAACACGACAUACCGAACACCGCCUCCUCUCAUGCCAAUUUGCUCCACAAAUGUCAGGCAGGGAGACGGCCGCGAAAGCCUUGGGCUGCACGGAGGUCGCCAUGUAGGAAGACAGAUAGAGACAUUUGCGGUUGGGCGAAUGGGGAUGGCUUGAGGACGGCCAUCUACUCACCUGGAGCGUCACUACGAAGUCCAUACGGGAUGAAGUCAGCUCCUCGUUCUGGACACGCCCCUGUGGAAGCACGUGUCAGAUACGCUGAUCACUAAACGGAAGCACGUGUCGGUCAAUCUGGUAUGUGUGUGCAUACCUACCUUGUCGGCACUGUUGUUGAAUCUCUUGUGUUGACGCACACAACAGGGCAAGUUGCAACAGGGGGCCUCCCAUGCACACACAUGGCCAUACAUGUGUGCGUCCGUCAUAUAGGUGUGUGCAAAAGCGUACGGCCCGAAGAAGAACAU